GGCUUUCCGUCGUUGUGGUCCACGCCCAUUUGCUAUAAAGAUGGUGGGCAUGCGCUGUCCGGUCUUCUCUUUCAACUGGCAAGAGCUGUCGUGUGCCGUCGAGUCUCGUUUUCAGUCUAAUAACCAUGAGUGAGCUGCAGGAACGCACCUUCAUCGCCAUCAAGCCCGAUGGCGUCCAGAGGGGGAUCAUCGGGGAGAUCAUCAAGCGCUUUGAGAUGAAGGGCUUCAAGCUAGUGGGGAUGAAGAUGGUCCAGGCGUCCGAGGACCUCCUCAUGAAGCAUUACAUUGACCUGAAGGACAGGCCCUUCUUUCCCACCCUCGUCAACUACAUGAGCUCCGGUCCAGUGGUCGCCAUGGUGUGGGAGGGUAAAGGUGUUGUGAAGACGGGCAGGGUGAUGCUGGGGGAGACCAACCCCGCCGAUUCCAAACCCGGGACCAUCAGAGGGGACUUCUGCAUCGACGUCAGCAAGAACAUCAUCCACGGCAGCGACUCUGUGGAGAGUGCCAACACGGAGAUCUCCCUGUGGUUCCAGCCGGAGGAGCUGGUCAGCUACACCAGCUGUGCCUUCAGCUGGCUCUACUGAGCCGCUCGGUCCUGCAGCACUUCCUCCUGUUGGUCUCAGGCGACCAAACUCUUGCCUCAAGACAAGCUGGAGAACAGCUGUUCAUGGCCCACAAUCCUCCUGGCAUGUUUGCAUCGUCAUACUGUGGGCCGCUGUCAUUCCCCAUCUCAUUCCUGUAGAAACAUUCCAUCCAGUGCUUGACUGUGUGAUCGAUGAGGUGAGGUUUCCCGUUUUUGUUAAGGGAGCUGCUUUCCAAUAAAUGCACACAAAUCCA